UCAAGUCUUUGUUGGAUAGAACUAAACAGUCCACAAGUUUAUUGACAAGUGAGCGCAAUAUCCCAUUCAAUUUCUAAAUUCAAUUUGACUAUCUAAAUAUCGCAGAUGUAUUAUGAUACAUUAAAAGCACAUGUUCAUUGUUUUUCAGGCACUGGGUACCAAAACAAACAGAGAGGAUAGAUAGGACUCACAUUUCCAGGAUAGGCUAUAAACUACGUUUAUAUUAACCUGUAAAAGUCAGAAUUGAUCAAAUAAAUGUUAAUACAAAUGCGUAGUUGCUGGACGAAGCUAAGGGUUGGCGAUCCAGUUGUUUUUGUUUUACCUGUUAUCAAAAUAGUAGCCACUCCCACCCGACUAGACUACAAUCACCCCAUUAAACAGAUGACAAAAUUUUACUCACAUUUGGGAGGACACUCAAUGACGGUAAUGAUCCAAGUCACAUGUCAUUGCCAAUAAAAUGACAAAAAAGCAUUGCAACAAAUUACAGUCCUAUAACAAAGACAAUUUAUUUAUUUAUUUCAUUUUUUUUUUUUUUUUAUUAUUUUUUUAUCCCCUUUUCUCCCCAAUUUUCGUGGUAUCCAAUCGCUAGUAAUUACUAUCAUGUCUCAUCGCUACAACUCCCGUACGGGCUCGGGAGAGACGAAGGUCGAAAGCCAUGCGUCCUCCGAAGCACAACCCAACCAAGCCGCACUGCUUCUUUAACACAGCGCGCCUCCAACCCGGAAGCCAGCCGCACCAAUGUGUCGGAGGAAACACCGUGCACCUGGCCCCCUUGGUUAGCGCGCACUGCACCCAGCCCACCAGAAAAAUGGCCAGAAAAAUGGCCAGAAACAAAGAACUUUCUUCUGAAACUCGGCAGUCUAUUCUUGUUCUGAGAAAUGAAGGCUAUUCCAUGCGAGAAAUUGCCAAGAAACUGAAGAUCUAGUACAACGCUCUAUACUACUCUCUUCACAGAACAGCGCAAACUGUCUCUAACCAGAAUAGAAAGAGGAGUGGGAGGCCCCGGUGCACAACUGAGCAAGAGGACAAGUACAUUAGAAUCCAUAGGUCUAAUGGACACAUGCUCAAACUCGCACACAUUUGAUAGAAUAAAAAAUUAAAAAAAGGGGUAGGUGCUACAUCCAUUUUUGGACGCACAUUGUUUUAUCCAUGUUAUGAGGCUAUACAGCUAUACAGUGUAGUUACAUACAGUAUAUAUAUAUAUUUUUAUACCUUUAUUUAACUAGGCAAGUCAGUUAAGAACAAAUUCUUAUUUUCAAUGACAGCCUAGGAACUAGUGGGUUAACUGCCUUGUUCAGGAGCAGAACGACAGAUUUGUACCUUGUCAGCUCGGGGAUUUGAACUUGCAACCUUCCGGUUACUAGUCCAACACUCUAACCACUAGGCGCCCCUGCCGCCCCACCUAGACUUCCUUACAAUCAAAUGCCGACCGCAUUAUCUACCAAGAGAAUUCUCUUCGAUUAUAAUCACAGCCGUGUAUAUCCCCCCAAGCAGACACCUCAACGGUCCUGAAAUAACUUUAUUGGACUCUAUGUAAACUGGAAACCACAUAUCCUGAGGCUGCAUUUAUUGUAGCUGUGGAUUUUAACAAGGUUAAUCUGAAACAAGGCUCCCUAAAUUUUAUCAGCAUAUCGAAUGCGCAACCCGCCAUGGCAAAAUUCUGGAUCAUUGCUACUCUAACUUCCGAGACGCAUAAGUUAGAGUAGCAUGUUGUACCCACGGUGACUAUUAAAACCUUCCCCAACCAGAAACAGCGAACCACUGCUUUUAAUCAUGGCAAGGCGACCAGAAACAUGACCGAAUACAAACAGUGUAGCUAUUCCCUCCGCAAGGCAAUCAAACAAGCUAAGCGUCAGUAUAGAGACAAAGUAGAGUCCCAAUUCAACGGUUCAGACAUGAGACGUAUGUGCAGGGUCUACAGUCAAUCACGGAUUACAAAAAGAAAACCAGCCCCGUCGCGGACACUAACGUCUUGCUCCCAGACAAACUGAACAACUUCUUUGCUCACUUUGAGGACAAUACAGUGACACUGACACGGCCCGCUACCAAAACCUGGGGGCUCUCCUUCACUGCAGCCAACGUGAGUAAAACAUUUAAACGUGUUUAACCUCGCAAGGCUGCAUCCCUAGACUAUUCAAGAAUCAUAUCACCUCCACUCUACCUGACACCCUAGACCCACUCCAAUUUGCUUACCGCCCCAAUAGGUCCACAGACGACGCAAUCACACUGCACACUUCUCAGCCCUCUCCUGUACUCUCUGUUCACCCAUGACUGCGUGGCCAUGCACGCCUCCAACUCAAUCAUCAAGUUUGCAGACGACACUACAGUGGUAGGCUUGAUUACCAACAACGACAAGACAGCCUACAGGGAGCAGGUGAGGGCCCUCGAAAUGUGUGGUGUCAGGUGUGGUGUCAGGAAAAUAACCUCGCACUCAACGUCAACAAAACAAAGGAGAUGAUCCUGGAUUUCAGGGAUCAGCAGAGGGAGCACCCCCAUCCACAUCGACGGGACAGUAGUGGAGAAGGUGGAAAGUUUUAAGUUCCUCGGCAUACACAUCACGGACAAACUGAAACGGUCCACCCACACAGACAGCGUUGUGAAGAUAGCGCAGCAGCGCCUCUUCAACCUCAGGAGGCUGAAGAAAUUUGACUUGUCACCAAAAACACAAACUUUUACAGAUGCAUAAUCAAGAGCAUCCUGUCGGGCUGUAUCACCGCCUGGUAUGGCAACUGCUCUGCCCACAACCGUAAGGCUCUCCAUAGGGUAGUGAGGUCUGCACAACACAUCACCGGGGGCAAAACACCUGCCCUCCAGGACACCUACACCACCUGAUGUCACAGGAAGGCCAAAAAGAUCAUCAAGGACAACAACCACCCGAGCCACUGCCUGUUCACCCAGCUAUCAUCCAAAAGGCAAGAUUAAUCUGAUAGCGCCGCCACGCUACGUCAUGACCACCACCACACUGGAGCGCACAGAGGGUCUCUCUGUCCUCAACCAGGCCAUGGCUGCCAUCAAAGAGAAGAUUGAGGAGAAGCGAGGAGUGUUUAACAUCCAGAUGGAGGCGAAGGUUGUGACCGACAUAGAUGAGACAGAGCUGGCGCGCCAGCUGGAGCAACUGGAGAGAGAGAACGCUGAGGUGGACGGAGAUGACGAGGAUGGAGAGAUGGAGGCCAAGGCAGAGGACUAAACUAGAUGAAGAACUGAGGGAUUGGAUACGACGACGAGACCAAUUAUACAUAUGCAGUCCAGAGCAUGUAUUCAUAAAGCAUCUCAGAGUAGGAGUGCUGGUCUAGGAUCAGCCCACCCCCCCAUAUGUAAUCUUAAGCAUAAUGAUCUAAAAGGCUAAACUUAUCCUAGAUCAGAACUCCUAUUUUGAGAUAUUUCAUGAAUACAGGCCUUGUCUGAUGAGAUGACGAACUUCAUAUCAAAUCAAGCAUUCUAGAACGUCUCCAACUGAACCCUUUGGAUCAGUAGCAGGGACCCUCUCAGGGAGACUGAUAGAGAGAUGGCUACAGGCACUGACUGUCAUACUGCCAAACAGGGCUGGGAAAGGCCUCUGUGAUUAUACCAAUGGACACAAUAACAACUGAAUAUGAUCACUGAACCCUAGCUGUUUGAAUUGCAUAAGAACGGGUGGGUUGGGGUAGGAUUAGCCUUUUUGUGCUGUAGCCAACUCCUCUCUGUGUGGAAGAGUUGGCUACAGCACAUAUAAUACAAAAUGGGACAAGGCUUGGGUUAGUGGGGUGGUAGCCUGGUCCCGUGCUGAAUGUUCUUUAACCAACUCUUUGUGACACGUGCAGUAUAGGACCAGGCUAGAGUGAGUAGGGGUUUAGAUAUAUUCUGAGAAUAUAAUAAGACAAGUGUUUUAUAUAUAGCAAGGACAUAUUUUAGGAAUGAGUACUUUUGAAAGUGGUUUUGACUAUCUCCCCAACUCCGUGAAAGGACAAUGGCGUUCUUGUUGUUUUCCUGCUCAAUAUGGUUCAAGUGAAAUGUCGGGCGGAAGAGAAAGAGUAUAAUGCUCACCUAACCAACUCACACAGAUCUUUAUAACUUAGGGUGCAUUCUGGAUAUAUUUCUAUUUUGUCAGGACUACAUUCUUAACAUUACAUUAAACAAAUAGAAAAGUAAA